UGUUGGGACCUGUAACCAUGUUGAAGCCAAAGCCAGUCGCCCCCGAUGCAAAGUUCAAGGAAGAGAUAUCGUAUUUUCACCGCGCUCAUUUAGCUACAUAAUGAUGGUCUAGGACCAACAAGCCGCGCACUUCGUGUGCCCUAGCACGCCUUGCAUCAUGACUUUCUUGUUCGCCAAGAUGGGGUCCACCCCCUUUACCACAACCACCACAACUACCAAACAAACCAACUUUGAGCAAAUCGAUUCGACGAUUUUUAGCCUGAACCGUGAAGAAACCGACAAUGUUGUUCGACGACCAAACGAUCAGGCUUCUCUUGGUGGCUGCGCCCACCUCAGCUGCUAAUUAUGACGCCACCCCUUUCAUCAGGGAUGAGACCGCCCUGGACCAGGGCAAAAUGCAAGGGAUCAAGGUUGAGGAGUCCGCUGCAGAGAAGGCUUGCCGCCUGCUCAAAGAACUAGAGCAGGAGGGCGCCUCUCUUGAGGAGUCCUUCAAGGAUGCUUCCUUGGUCUAUCUGCCGGACCUGGACGUCCUGGACGUCGGGCUUCCAGAAUUUGCCAAGCCCAGCUAUGCGGAAUCCGUGCUGCCGUCGCUGGACCUCGAGUCCUCGGAGCAGAUGCUGAUAGACCUGGAAACCAUCCUGCCGUACGCCGACGACUCUCCUCCUCUGAGUCCCAUGGACGAUUUGGACGAGUUGUUGCAGACGCACGCGCAGACCCUGCUGUGUGAGGACAGUGUGGACGACAGCAGCUUCAACCUGCAGCCGCUUAGCCAGCAGAUGCCCCCGACGCCGAUGAGCUGCGUCGCCUCACCCGGCCCUUCGUCCGUUGGAAGCCAGUCGCCGGACUACGCCAGCUCGGUGUGCUCCGAAGAGAGCACUGACCCCGAGUGGGUGCCCGAGCUGCAGUCGCCGGCGCCGAAGGAGGCCAAGAGCGGCGGCAGGGCCCGCAGGAAGCCGUACUCGCGGGCGCCGACCAACCGCGCCGAACGCAAGAAGCUGCAGAACAAGAACGCAGCCACGCGGUACCGCAACAAAAAGAAGCAGGAGGAGGAGGAGCUGCUCCAGGUGGAGGCCGAGUUGCUCGAGCGCAACCGGGAGCUGCAGGCCAAAGUGGCAGAGGCCGAGACCGAGAUGCGCAUCGUCAAAGGCCUGCUGAGGAAAAGGUUCCAGAAGAUGGGCCUUCUCAACUAAACGAACCCUUGCAUUUUAGCCCUAAUUGCGUAAAACUUAACUAACCAAUCAUAGUAGUUGUCCAGGGCCCGCGUUCGCCCGGGGACGCGUUUCGACAGAUCAAAAUUUUUCGUGAAUAUCGUGUCUAUUAAUUUGAAAAUCACGGACGAAACGCCUCCCCUGGCCGAACUCUUGUCUCGUAGCAGUAAGAGGUGUGGAGUUUUCUUUCGUAUCAAUUAUACACGCGUCAUUCCACCAGGUGCAAUGAUAUCUUUUUUCUCUUUCGACUAGCGUUGUCCUCGCCUUCUACCCGGAGUAGCGGUGCCGUGCGUUCGCCUGAUGAGGUGCAAAUUUUUCUAUCUGAGCGAAGUAGUUGGGUUGUCAUGGCACGUCUACCGGUACUUUCGUCUCUUUGUCGGCCCUGGUUUUAUGUUUACUAACCAAAGUUUUAAAAUUAAAACAAUAAACUUAUUCACCGGUGUUUGGAUACCAAAA